AUGAACCAACCACAAAGCCCCCCCUCACAGGCAAGCUCCCACUUUCAGCUUGAACCAAUUCCUGCAGCAAUACUGGUCGAUAGAGAGUUAAAAAGGCGCGAUGCGAUCGCACUGUUGGGAGCCUGCAAGACAGGAUGCGAAGUCAUUGACGAGGAGGUUAUGUUAGGGGGCUUUGAACGCGGAAGUGUUGUGGGUAUCAGCGCGGAAGAUGAAGAGCUGGGGGUUCAGCUUGGUCUCCAGAUACUUGCACAUUCACUUUGUGAAGGCACGGUCACAAGUGGCCUGCUCAUCACCCCCAGGCCAGCAAGCGUAAUGCUGGCCGGCUUGAGGGACACGGUGAAGUCCGAACUCGAGGCCAAACGGUGCACAAAGGAUACUAUAAGGAUGAAGCUCAGACAAUGUCUUGAAAAAGUCAUGCUGUCUUGUGUAUUCGACAUGGAUGGUCUAUGGGAGGCACUGGCUGAUCUGGAUUGCGAGGUGGUUGAAGAGAAGGAUGGUGCGGUGCAGGAACAGGAGGUAACAAAUACAACAAGAUAUCAGUAUGACGAGAUCCAGGAUAGUCAGGAUGACGAUGAUGUGGCUUUCUCCCCCAUUCAACAGGCUUCGCAGCCAGUGGCAGAGGAGCCGUGUAAUACGACGCAACAGCACCCAGACGUUAUCGUCAUUACGCAUUUCUCAUCUCUUCUGACAGGUCUUUUCUUUCACCGCGAAAAGUCAGCAGCCCAUGCUGCGCUUCAGCUUUUGAGCUCACACCUCCGCGAUCUCUCGCGCAAUCUAUCGUCGAAGCCACUUAUCCUUCUACUGAACUCGACAUCAGCAGUAUCCUCGGGCCCAGCACUCGCAACCGCAACCGCAGCGUCACCAGCGAAGCAAAGCCAAGUUGAUCCAACACUACGAUCUAUCUUCAACCCACCACCAUUAAACGGCUACAGUGCCCGGCGCACGAAACCAAACUUCGGUCUGAUAUUUACGCAGCUACUGGACUUGCAUUUAUUAUGCACAAAGAUCCCAAAGACAAGGCGGGAUGCUGAGGGUGCAGUGAGGCAACUUCCCGGAGACGAGAUUGAGCUGGUAUGGGUCGUGGAGGUGUUGUUGGAUGAGCUGGGAGUCUGGGAAGGCCAUACAGGAGCUAGGUCGGGAAGGGAGCAGAGAUGGGCGGCUGUGAAGGUUGAAAAGGGGAGAAUUGGACAAGCAAUUGAUGAGAAGGAGCCUGAGGCUAAAAUCCCAGAUAUAAGCGACCUAUAUGAAGUUCAAAUUUGGGCAGGCUUGCGAUGCCCUGAUGGCUUUGGAGAUACGAAUUACGUUACAACUUGGCUCUGUGAGCAAGCGCGUCCGCCUUAUUUCCGACGCACAGCCAACCAAUCAUAUCUCGACCGCAAAACGACCCUUCUGAAGCCUCAUCGUCAUCGUGGGUUGACCCUAAAGCUACAUGAUCUGAGCCGUGGUGCCAUUGCCAAAGCCUUCCCAACCAAGAUGCCCAGCUCAUGCAAAGAACUGCGCGAAGCACUCGCGCAGUGCCUCCAAGAAUCCGACUGUGUCAUGGUAGAGCGCAACAGCGCCGCCGACUGCCUCCGCGAGCCCCUCGUCAACACCCUCCCGCUCAAGUGCCGACAGCUGAAGAAGGGCUUCGGCGAAUGCAAGCGUGGCAUGGUGGACAUGCGUAAAAGAUUUCGAGGCAACAUGCCCGUGGCAUACCGUACGAUGGAACAGGCCGAGGAAGGUCAAGGAUACCAACUCUACGCCGGACGCCCGGCGUUUGCAGGCGGCGUCAAGAAGACAGACGGAAACGAGCCCAUCCCUCAAGAUUGGAGAGAAGUCGAGAAUGAGAAGUGGAAGGCAGAACAGGCAGCCAUGGAGCAACAGAAGAAGUGA